AUAUCCGGAAAAGAAAAGUGGACUGCUAGGGGUACCGGCAAGUGCCCAAAGUGCACUUUUACAUACUCAACUUUCAGGAAGCCAGAAAGAUGCACACAGUGCCAGAUUUAUCUUGGAGGAAAGUUUGUUCCUAAGAAAGGCACCUCUUCAAAUAGAAAGAGGAAGUUAAACAACCCAGAGGCAGUAUAUGUCUGUUUCUUUGCUGACAAUUUACUUUAUUCAAUUAAAGUCACCGACAGAGAUUACAGAAGUUUUUGCUUGGUGGCUGGCUCAAGUCGGGUCUGCUAUUUUAAUUCUUGUCCAAACUUACGUGCAUUAGCAGUUGCUUCUGGCCAAGAACUACUUAAUACAUUCUCCUGUCCCCAUUUGGAAAAGGUAAAGGACAACGUGCCCUCAAGGGAAGAACACCACUUAAAUUCAGAAAAGUUGGCAGAGUAUCCUGGUGGGGCUGACAUAUUAAGGAAUAUGACAGAUGUUGCUGAUUAUGCAAAACCGCUUGGUGUCGCACAAGUUAUCCGAGUAUCGGAAAGUAGUUACGUGGUUUGUGGUAUUCCUGAUACCUCUGCCACAACUGGAUUUGUCCACGUCAAGAAUCACAAUGACACACUGUUGUGUUCCGUGAAGCACUGCCGGAUUUUCAGUGGUGGAAAACAGCUAAAAACACAGCAUGUGUGCUUGCAUGUGCAUUUAUUGUCAUGUUCUCUUCGUUUGUGGAAACUCCAUUCACGAGCAAUUGCUAGUUCAACAACGCCAACCGCAGCAGUGUCCACAUGCACCUCCACUGACACAUCAAGUACCAUUCCAACAUCUUCAGUUGCAAGAACAUCUACGUUAAAACACACUCAGGCCACUCACCAUCCAUAUCAUACUCCUUUAAGUGUCAUAAGUGCUUCCCGUAAUGCAGAUAGCCGCACUCUUUGUGGUAUGGAUGGUGUAUGGCCAAAGGAGUUUACUGCUGUUGAUGUGAUCUGCCGCCUAUGUGGGUCCAGGCUUCAUCCAACAAGACGCCACCCUGGUACACAGCGAAAAGCUUUUUUAAUAACCAAUAGCAAUCCCUUUUUGCCGGUGAAUGUGAAAGCGAGAAUGUGCCAAAAUGUAGCCUGUCAAGCAAUGCACCAGCUCCAAGUUUAUGAUUUAGGUGUGCACACUGUAGUAGGUUUUGUCUUUUCUUGUGGUUGUUAAUAUGGUUAAUUCUGUUUAUGGUUCAAUUUUUGUUUGGUAUGAUACUGUUUUUUGAAACUCGCCUAGUAUGCAUAUGUUGGUGAUCUUUUACCGGAAAUCCAUCAAACAGUGUCCAUUUAACUGUCUAGGACCUAUUUUCGGUUGUUCAGCACUUCAUGUGGGUUGCUUUUUUUAAGUGCGAAUUCUGUAAAUCUCUUUGUAAAUGCGUGUAGCGUGUAGAUGUAAAAGUCUGGAAUGCAAUCCAAGUACAGUUCAACCAGUUUUCCAUUUUUGUUGUUGUUGUUGUUGCAUAUAUUAGAAGCAAAGGUUGUAAUUUUGUUUUUCUUUUUCUCCAGUAUGCAACUUUUUGCUAACUGGUGCACUACAUUUACGCUCUCAACCGAUAAUAAAAAUGUUAUUGUUUUCCCUUCUGAUUCCAAUAAUUUAUUCUUUGCGAUCAGCCCCUACCAUUUUAUAAUUCCAGAAGUUAUUUAGUAUAUCUCACUUUUCCUAAUAUCUUAUAUUUUCUAAUACAUAUCUCGUCGUCCAUUUUCCAGGUUUGUUUAAUGCAGGAGAAAAAGUUCUCAUUGCAAUUGAAAUAUUCUUGGAGUGGAGGGAAUUGUUCAAGAGAAAUGUACCACUUUCCACAACCAUAGACUGCAAGCUCAAGUCUUUGCUACUUACUGUUCCACAGGUUAGUGUUUGAUUCUUUUUUUCUCGCUAUUACGUACAUCCUCUGUCUUUUAUUUUAUACUCAGUAUUGGUGGAGGGGGGGCGGCAGGGUUAGUGCAGUGGUGAGAGCUCUCUCCUUCAACCAAUGUGGACGGGGAUUGAUUCCUGAACUCGACGGCAUAUGUGGGUUUAGUUUGUUGGUUCUGACUCUUCUCCAAGAGGUUUUUCGCUGGGUACUCCAGUUUUCCCUUCUCAACAAAAGCUAUCAUCUCAUUUGACUAGUAAUUCAUUUGAUUUAAUUUCCUUUAAUUUGCUUUGUAGUCUUCCCAUUAGUAGAGCACAUACGCUGUAAUAAACUACUACAAGACUGAAAUUAAGUUAUUAGAAUAAUGUUAAACGUAUAUCAGUUAUCAUUUUGAAAAUAAACAGUAUCAAUAUUUUGAAAUACUGUAGCUGAAAAAAGUAUUUCUGCUUAAAUGCGUACUUUCCUUAUUAAGUGGGGUGCUUUUUCUUAAAUAUAAUAUUAUGAAAUAUAAUAUGAUUAUUAUUUUAAAAAUACCUUGUUUUUCAUUAGUCCUUUAAGGGUUUCAAUUUACCUGACAUAAAACUCAUAGAUCAGUUGCGUAUAUUCUGCUUUACUGUCGGGUUGCAGGUCAAUAAACAUGUACAUGUAGAUGACAAGCAUUAGGUCAACACGUGGGGGUGUAGAUAGUUUCCAGUCUUUAUUUACAUAUGAAUAAUAUUGUUUCUGCUUUUUGCCAAAGGAUCGUGUGCCAAACCCAAACACAAUUGACUACCUGGGUGAUGUGAUGUACAACGCGUUUUACUGCUUCGAACUGUUGACAUGUCGUCACAUGGAUGAUGUUGUUUGUGGACUUUGUGGAACUAUCGGCAUCGUCUACUUUGGAGAUGGCAAUGCCAAAAAUUGCUGCAGUGUUUCUGGGGUAAGUAGAUGA